GCGCUGUCGAGCAGAAGACAGUACAAGAGCUGUUUGCGCUGACACCAAGCACGUGCGCCCGUACUCUGUGGUAAGGAGAAGAAGCCUUGGCCCGUGCCCUGGCAGCUUGCCCAGAUGCUGCGAUCAAGUGGCUGUCGAAGGCCACGCAGGCAAGAUGGGCGGCUAUGAGCCACUUGCGGAGCCGCUUAUCGACGGGGUGUUUUCAUUCGUCGAUGGAAAGAACUUACGUAUGCAGGAACCAUCGUCAACCGAUCUGCAGAACGCAAUGUACAACGGAUGGUUACUCAGCGUGUUCGUCACCGGUGGCCUCUGCUUCGGGCUCGACGGCACAUUGGUGUGGGGGAGACACAACUUCCCCGGCUCAUGGAGCGAUGGUGAAAUGAGCCGGAGGUUGCAAGAGAUCCUCGCAGACCCGACGAAGAUCGGUGUUGGCAUGAAGGUUGCGUCCGACUCUGCAUUUCCGGUCAGUGGCAGGUGUGCUGGCCGUAUUGUGACCCCACUGAAGAAAUGGGACCUCGAACGGCAUCCUCCAGCGUGCCGACUUGGCCUGAAAGUGAUGAGUGACAUUACGUCGUUGCGCCAAGCUACGGUAUGGGGAAUGGGUGCUGUAAGCAAAGUGUACCGUCAACUGCUCCUGCCCCUGCUAUAUAUCCCAUCACUCCGUGCUAUGCUACUUGAUAGUAUGUUCAAGUUGUACAAAAUCCGUGUCCGCCGUACAUGGAUAAGCCAGAUAAAGAAUGUCUUUGGAUUGUAA